UUUCCUUUUAAAAUGGCAGCCUCCAUAAGAAAAGUUGUCAAAUUUAUAGAUAUUGGAGCAAACCUUACAGAUCCUGUUUUUAGAGGUGUAUACCAUGGAUCUAAGAGGCAUGAAGAUGAUUUCAGUGAUGUGUUGCAAAGAGCCUAUGAUGUUGGAGUAGAAAAGAUAAUGGUUACAUCUGGUAUGCUGAAAGAUGUAGUGGAAGCUUUAGAUAUAUGCAAAUCACAUGAAAAUCUCUACACAACUUCAGGAUGUCACCCAACUAGAUGCACAGAGUUUGAUAAGAGUGGUGACUCAGAAAAAUAUCUUAGUGAUCUAAUUCAGGUUGUCAAGGAUAAUCCUGACAAGAUUGUAGCCAUUGGAGAGUUAGGACUAGAUUAUGACAGACUCCAUUUUUGUCCUAAAGAAACACAACUCAAAUAUUUUGAAAAACAGAUGGACCUUGCAGAAGCAACUAAACUUCCAUUAUUUCUUCACAGUCGAAAUUGCCAUGCAGACUUUAUUGACAUAAUAAAAAGAAACCGAGAUCGAUUUAAAGGUGGGGUGGUUCAUUCCUUUACUGGUACAAAGGAAGAGGCAAAAGAAUUGGUUGAUCAGGACCUGUAUAUAGGUAUCAAUGGAUGUUCCUUAAAGAUGCAAGAAAACAUUGACGCAAUGUGUAGUGUACCAUCAGAGCGCCUUAUGAUUGAAACAGAUGCACCCUGGUGUGAAGUUAAAAACACACAUGCAGGAAAAAAACAUGUGAAAACAACGUUUCCUUCAAAGAAAAAAGAAAAAUGGGAAAAAGGAAAUACAGUUAAAAGUAGAAAUGAACCAGCUCAUAUAAUACAAGUUCUUGAAGUAAUGGCAGGUGCCCGUAAUGAAGAUAAAGACAGUUUAGCAGAGAUCAUGUUUAACAAUACAAACAGACUUUUCUUUGGUGUUGAUUGAUAAAUUAAAUUACCAUAUUUUCAAAGAAUAAUUGAUUGUGUUUGCAAUGUUGAAAUUGUUGGAAAAUUUACGAAAAGAAAUGUUGAUGGACUGGUAUAAAAGUUGAUUCUCCUGAUAUCUUAUGUGACCAAUAUUCUUAACUACUACUUUUCUUGAGUGCUUCACAUUUUUAUGGUGCUAGAAAAAUUUUCAGGUGCUUAAAGCUGUUGCUUUGUCAGUUGUCUAAUUUUUGUGUCGCCUUGACGGAGUCAAAAAGCGAGACAUAGGUAUGCUGUUUCCAGCGGCGGUGGCAUCAACAAUGUAUUAGUUUGUGAUUAGGUCUAGUUUAUGGUGAACCACUAGUGGUAGGUCAAUGAUAUUUUGUAUGCAGUUGUAUUAGCAUUGGCACAUCUCAUUACCAUGGAGAUUAUUUGACCCUGCCCCCUCAGUCAUGGUCUAUUGACUUUGAAACUUUGCUUAGUUUACAUGUAUUAGUUUGUGAUUAGGUCAGUUUAUGGGGAACCACUAGUAGUAGGUCAAUGAUAUUUGGUAUGCAGUUGUAUAAGCAUUGGCAUAUCUCAUUUCCAUGGAGAUUAUCUGACCCCACCCCCUCAUUAUGGUUCAUUGACUUUGAAACUUUUACAUAGUUUACAAUUUAAUGUUUGUGUUUAGGUUUUUUUUUAAAGGGAACGACUUAUGAAAAGUCAAUGGUAUUUGGUAUGCAGUUGUAUUAGCAUUGGCACAUCUCAUUUCCAUGGAGAUUGUUUAGCCCUGUACCUUCAGUCAUGGUUCAUUGACUUUGAAUAUUUGCAUAACUUACAUGUUAAAGUAUUGCUAUUUUAAUUUCAACAUUUGCAUUAUCAAAAUAACAAAUAGGCGAGACAUAUCUUUGUGUUAACAGUUUAUGUUAUGAACAAAUGUCUCUGGAAGAAAUCUUGAGUUUCCCUUACUUAAUUAUUACCCCAGCAAAGAAAGUUGUGUGCGCAUAGAGGAACAACCCUGUCUGUCUAUCCAUGUACUUAUUAAGUGCAACUCCACAUAAACAGCCAGACAGACAUUGAUGAAACUUAAGACAGUUGUAGAACAGUACCUUAGGAUGUGGGUAAAAUAAUAUAAAGUGUUUUCCCUAAAAAUUCAUAUACCAUCUUGGUGGAAAGGGAAUUUUUAAAUACCAUCUUUGUGUUAUAUUAUUAUAUCUCCAUUUACAUCCUUGUCCUUUGAUCUAUGGUGGAUAGUUGUCUAAACCAUACAAGCUCUCCUUAUUGGGGUAAAGAUGGCAUGAAAUGCAAUCAAAUUCUUUAUGUUACCAACUUGAUAGCUAUAUCCUCCAUGCUCCAUCUACCUUUGAAAGUGUAAACAACAGUGAGGUGGUCAUUCUGAAAAUCACAUCUAUUCUCAUGCCAAGCAAUUGAUAAAUUAUAUAUGCUCAGAUAUUCAAACAUGUAAAAAAAAAAACAAUUUUAUUAAAAGUUACAUAUGUUG